UAUAAUAUUCAGGGCUGCACGCAAGGGAGACGUAAAAACCUAGGGGGAGCUCUGUUUUGAUCACACGCCAUUGAAGCUCUAAUUCCAAUUCUAUCAUCAACCCUUUUCGUCUUUCCUCUCAGAUUUUCGUUCUUUUCCAAUUCAGUGGUGCAAAAUUUUCUUUUUCUGAUAAUAAUUGCAGAUAUUAUACGCACAUACAUGCCCUAUUUUGGUUUUUGUUCUAGGUUUGCCAAUGGAGGGCAAAAUCUUGGAUCAUCAGAAUCAGGUGCAAGCGCAAGCUGUGGAAAAUUUAUCACAAAGGCUUUCUAGUUUCUCCGUUAGGGACCAGAUAUCCAAUUCCGAUUCUCCUCAGGAUGAUGAGGUCGGUGGUAGGAGGAGGAGUUGCGAUACUACAGAGUAUUCUGAUUCUUUUUCCUCUGAUAGUACUGCACGGUACUCUAUAAAUUCUUCUAGAUUGUAUCCUGAAUUCCCCGAAAAACAAUUGGAAAACCAUAACGAAGAUAUGGAGUCUUCAGCUAAUCUUCAGAAGCAGGGAAGGUACUUCUAUUACGAUACUCCACUGCAGGAAGAUACUGGAGUGUGGAUACCAGUUUCAGUUCCACCUAUGUUAGAAGAUGAUCAUAAAGAGUGGGCCAAAGGUUUUCACUCAAACGGUGGCUAUUUUCCUGAUGAGGACUUGGGGUGGAAUCAAUAUGUAGGAGAUGAAAGGGAAUUGACUAUGUGGGAUGUGCUAGCAGAAAUGUUACUUGUGGCUCGGGGAAAAGUGACUUCUUUGGCAUCAGGAGAUAUUAAUAUGUGUAAUUUUUCAUGGAUAUCCAGCCGUGUACUACUUGAACAAGCUUGGAGAGAGAUGGCACAAACUCUCACAGAGGCCAAUUUUGGUAAUGUGAAGGAACUAUUAGAAGCCGAGCCCCCAAAGUGGUUAGCUGAUAGUGCUGCUUCUUCUUGUAUGCUUUGUGGUGUGAGGUUUCAUCCCAUCAUGUGCUCUCGACAUCACUGCCGGUUUUGUGGAGGAAUAUUUUGUGGUGAGUGCUCUAAAGGGAGGAGCUUGUUGCCAUCAAAAUUCCGAGUUUCUGACCCCCAAAGAGUAUGUGAUGUAUGCUGUGUCCGACUCGAGUCUGUACAGCCUUAUUUAAUGGAUCAUGUAAGCAAUGCUGCUCAGUUGCCAACCCAUGACCUGACAGAUCUGAGCACUUUGAGAUCUUGGGUUAAUUUUCCUUGGUGGCAGUCCAUGGAAUGUGAAAUUUACAAGGCAACUAACACUAUCAAGGCAUAUAAUCAGAUUGGUUUUCUAAAGCCCGAGAAGUCAAUUCCAGAUGUCAUUCUAAGAAAAGCAAAAGGCCUUGCAAUUAUCACUGUGGUUAGAGUGGGAGUGGUGGUUACGUAUAACAUUGGAACAGGACUUGUGAUUGCACGAAGGGAAGAUGGUUCAUGGUCUGCUCCAUCUGCUGUGUCCACCUUUGGUGUAGGGUGGGGAGCUCAGGCCGGAGGAGAAUUGACAGACUUCAUUAUUGUCUUGAGAACAGAUGAUGCUGUCAAGACAUUUAGUGGCAAUAUGCAUGUUUCACUUGGAGCUGGUUUGAGUGCUGCAGUAGGCAUUGUUGGUAGAUCAGUUGAAGCUGAUGUUCGAGCUGGUGAUGGUGGUUAUGCUGCUUGCUAUACCUACAGCUGCAGUAAAGGUGCAUUUGUUGGAUGUUCACUUGAAGGGAGUAUGGUGACUACUCGCACGCAAGAAAAUUCCCGUUUCUAUGGCAGCCAGUCUAUAGCUGCAACAGACAUACUUGGCUCGUUGCCUAGGCCACCUGCUGCUGCCAUUCUCUACCGUGCACUUGCUGAUCUCUAUUCCAAGGUUGAUGGAUGAUUCAAUGCUUCAACAUCAUUCCUUUCGCUCACUGGACAUUGCCAUUAAGUACAUAUUUUGUACAGCUUCUAAGUCACACUCACUGUAAACCAUCGCGUCAUUAUUUAUCUUGUAAAUAUAUAUGCAGAUGUGAUAUUUUACACUUUGUUGAUCAAGAUGGAGGGAUUGGUGA